AUGGAUCAGAAUUAUACAAUAGGAAUAGCUCCGAAUCCUGGUUGUCUAACAGGGGUGGUGGCGUGCCAAUGCGACUUAGGACGUGAAAAGCUGCUUACUGCGCCACCAUAUAAAAGAUUAUCUUCUGCGACCGAUGAUGACACCAAGACGCGUAAUCAAACUGCACCAUGUUCUAGAGAGCUUGAACAAUAUAGGUGUCCCAUCAGUCACACGCUGGUCACGUUUAAAUCCCCCAUAAAUUCUAACGAAGUGUUCAGUAAAGUCUUCCCAUCAAAUACACCUAUCAAAUAUGUAAAGCGCAAAUUGGCCAAAUUAAUAUCUGUGUCAAAUAAUAACCUAAUAUUAACGAAAAAUAGAAAUGUUUUGAAGGAAACCACUGCUCUAUCUGACUUAAAAACUGAUGCUCAUGGAAACCUCGUGAUCGAUGUUUUCACAAAGGAUUCUGAAGAAUUCUCUCUUUCGUCAAUUCCAAAAGAAUCCUUCGUUCAUGAACUACUUCAAUCAAUUAUUCCAAAAAAGAAAACUAUGCCAUUCAUUGCAAUAAAAUUUCGGGUCCGCAAUCAAAAUGGAAUUUUUACCCGUUCAUACCACUCUAUAAUAAAAGUUCAUGAAAUAAAAAAGAAUCUAGCAGGUCUUUUUCAAGUUGAUGCUGACAAUUUGGUUCUAUUACGCGGAGAACAACCGCUGAAAGACCGAAUGGCGCUUUUAGACUUGGAUUAUGAUAAAUAUGGCAUUGCUGAGCUAGAGCUUUUAACUAAAGAUAAUGCGAAAUUAAACUUGGACAAGCUUUACAACGAAAUACCAGUAAAUGAUGUUUUAACGGUUAUUGUUCCCUUUGGAACAACUUUAAAGCAUAUUAAUGUUGAAAUAUUUUCCGAACCUAUAAAGAAGCCAUUCUUAGGGGGAUACAGAAAUGUUCAUACAGAUACAAUUUAUCAUCACGCCUUCACGCAGACUCCGCAGAAGGCCGAUAAAGUACUACCAGAAAAUAAAACAUGCCGUGAUACACAAACGGCUAAAAUGCGUGAAAAACUAUAUGAUACAGCGUAUAGUCGAGCGACCCAAAUGAAUACUGUUCAUGCAUAUAUUCCCAAUGUGACUGAUAAGAUUUUAAUACCGAAACCCUAUGAGACUUACGAGGAAAUGGUAGCACGAUUGAACCAUAACCAUUACGCGUCAGUUAUACAGCGAGCUUUCCGACAUCACCAGUUUAGACAAAAAGUAGAAAGAUGGCUGAAAGGAUGCAUGGAACGCAUAGCUAGAAUGAAAGAAGAAGAAAGGUUAGAACGAGAAGCUGUAGAACGUCGUUUAAAGAGUGACCUCAUAACAAAAACAUUUCCAAAAACGAGAGAAGACUUUGAUCAACUCUAUUCAAUGGUCGAUCGUUGGAAACAUGCAGAAAUUUCACGUAUAUCUCAAUUACAUUCAAAAGGACCAAAAAUUGCAGAAUUCACACUGCUUCUUGAUAAAGAAGUCGAACUAUUACGAUGCAUUGAAGAUUAUAGAAUAAAAGUUAAAGAAGACAGUAAGAAAAUUAGAGAAAAAAAGUUUCUCGAGGAAAUAUCAAAACCUUUUGCUUGGUAUGGACGAGAUGGUAAGCUUAUAACCAUGGACACCAUAGAAACACAAAAAGCAAGGAAACUCAAAGAACUAUAUAAUUCAUUCCUUCGAGAUGAUAUGCAAACGAAUGAGAGAAUUGAAAUACUUGUCGACAUGAAAUUUGCUUUACAAGAUUUCCGGCAUCAUUUAGCCGAAGAAAUAAUAACAUUACUUGAUAGAGAAUGUGACUUACUGGUUAGGCGGUGUGAUAAUCAUCAAUUAGAAUUUUUAAGACGCAGGAUCACAGCAAGUCUAUUCCAAUUAAUUAAAACAUCUGAGCUAAAUUCAGGAGUGACAAAAUGUAACGAUAUCAGAGAAUUCAGGGAAAUCCAAAACGAUAGACUUUACUUCUGUGAAAUGUGUCAUCAAGUUAAAUUAUAUAAAGACUUCCCGCUGAACGCAAAAAUAAGUGGAUUCUUAGUGUGCACAUCAUGCUCCUGGAAGGAUGUUAAUGAACGCAUUUGGGUAGACAUGACUCCGUACAAAUUCAUAUUAAGAGCGGUACAGCGUGAUGAAAGACGACGCAAAUGCUGGGGGUCUUUAGCAUUUGUUUUGCAAGAGAAAGAUAUAUUUUUUAUAGUGGAAAAAUUAUGGCAUGCUCAUUCUGCUAUCAGCGAAUGUGGGGACUUGUCAGAGCUAAGAUUGUGUCGAUGGCACGUAAACGAAGACUGGUCUCCAUGGAACUGCUUUCUUGUGACGUUACAAGAAAUGAAAGCGCACUUAAAAUUAGACAAUCCCGAAGAAGUUUAUGAUGAAGAGCUUGUACAAAAAGUCGCAAAUAAACAUAAGUUGGCAAAGGCUAAUUUUGAACAACUUAUGACUGUAAAUAAAACGUUUACAGAAAGCGGAGAUUGGCCAGCUAUACGCGCUCCAGCAGUAGCGAGAGUAAGUGCGGUAGAAAAAAUAUAG